GUGCUGUUAUUCAAUUUCAAGAUUUUUUUUUUUUUUUGUAUUAUUUUCCCUCUUUCUUUUCUCUUUCAAUAAGCAAAAAAAUAAAUAAACAAAAAUGGGGCUUUUAAAAUUGGGAAGCAUUUAUAAGAAGAAGAAUAAAAAGGAAUCCUCUGUUCCACCUGUACCUACUAAGCAAGCACCGCCUGCUGCCUUAGAUUUGAAUCUAAAUUUGAAUAGUUCGUCUUCCGUUGGUACUAGCAACUUUAACAAUCCUACAACAACGCCUGCUGGUUCAGGUAGUUUGUUCGAUGACAUUUUUGCCGAAUUAGGUACGAAACCAGUAGCAGCAACCUCCGCCGCAUCACCUGUCGAAUUAACAACAGGUCCCAAGCCAGCUGCCAAAGUUGCCAAAGAGUAUUCAGUGCUCGAUAACGAUUUCUCAUUGGCCCUUGCCCUCUCACAACAACUUGAAAUAGAACAAGAUAACACCAAAGGGACGACGGGCCCCACUAAACAAGGAAACAACAACAGUCAAAAAAAAAUAAACAGUAAUGUUACCCCUAGUUACCUUUUAGGGGGCGACAGCAUCUACAGUAAUUAUUUGAAGGGUUUAUCAGCGCUGGAUGACAACCAUAACAACAACAGUAGCUCAUUAUCUUCUUCCAUGUUCGAUUCGAUUCUUGGUAAGCCAACUAGCACUAGCACAAUCACUACAAAUACAGCACCAGUAGCGCCGACAAGCACUUUUGCCUCAUCCAACCACGUUUCACAAGUGGUAUUAGAUUCGGAUAUUUCGGAUUCUGAUGAAGACUCCAAAGUUUCAGACGACAGCGAGGAUGAAAAUCAUAAAGGAAGGCGACACCGUAUGACAAAAGGCGUACGACCUAUUAUGGAAAGACGUACACCCGAUAAUCCUGUUUUAGUGCAACGAAAAAUCGAUAAUUGGUCGAACCGCGUCGAUUCUGAAGCAAACACGGUGGAAUCAAAUGAGUCCAUGAUCUCUAGAAUGAAGGACAGACAUAGAAAUCAAGUGAAAUUAGCAGCUUUACGUAAUCAACAGCAACAACAGGAGGAAUAUAAUAUGAUGGGGUAUCCUCAACAUAUGGUUCCACAAGCUUAUGGACCCCCAUCGAUGAUGCCUAUCUCGCCUAUUUCGCCUACUGGCGGGCCCGUAUUACCACACCCAGGUUUAAUGAUGGAUCCUGCACAAAUGUAUUAUGCCAAUCCACAAUUAAUCCCCGUCAACAACAAUGAAUAUAUGGAAACCACCGUCAAAACACAGCCUCGUUCCGUGCCUUCUGCAUUUUUACCUAACCCUACACAUGUUACUUUAGCUAUUCCCCACCCACCGAAAGAAGAGACAGAAACACCCAAAGUAGUCUCCAGACCUCCUCUUCCUUCUCCUCCUCCUGUAAUGACACAAUCUAACAAUAGUCGUCCCAAUAGCAGCCAUGCACGACAAUCGACCGCACCACCAUCCUCCUAUGCAUCCUCCAAACCUAAUUCUUCUACUUCAACACUUGAACAAAUAGAAGAACAACAGUCUAGAAGCAGUGAAUCGCCGUUACCGAUGGAUACCCCUUCCCCUGUCUUGGUGGAAAUGAAUGCGGUAGCUGCAGAUGAGGCCGACUGUGAGAUUAGCGCCGAUGACGAAGCUACACCUCAUGCCGCCUUGCCCAGAAAAAAAAAGUCGACGAAAAAGUUGCGUCAAAAUUACGAGGAAAGUGCUACACGUGUUAUUGACUCGGGUUACACAGGUCCGACAGUAAGAUCAUCGCGAUCGACGCCUAAUCUAAAGAAGAAGAAGUCCAGCAGAAAUAGUAGCAGAAGAAACUCGCAGGACUUGACCAGCUCGCCUCCUUCCGAAAUGACUGUACCUACACCGCCUCCUGUGCCCAAUUCACCUUACUUGCAUUACCAUCAAAAUAACUCUGAAGAGAAUUUAUACAAUAACGGUGUGCCCCGCUCAAGCAGUCAGCAUCAAUUGCAUUACCAACAACAACAGCAAUUCAAUAAUCAGCAACACCGUCAAUCACUUCGACAUAUGAAGAGUGAACCUGAGUUGCCUAGAAGAUCAAAUAGUCAUACCACACAGCAGCAGCAACAGCAGCAACAAAAAUAUUACCAUCAGCAGCAACAAUUAAAUGCCGAAUGGGAGCGUAUGCAAAAUUACCAUCAACGUAAUUCUGUUAUGAAGCAUCCCCCUCCACCACCGCAACAACAACAACAGCAAAUGCCAUUUAUGCCAAUGUAUCCAAUGUAUUAUCCUAAUAAUAGCCAACAGAUGAUGAUGGUUGAUCCAAAUUAUCAACAACCACAACAAUAUGAUCCUUAUCAAGGACCUGCGUACAAUCAUAACAGUCAAGUGACAUACCAGCAACAGCAUCAACAUAAAAUGAACCAGCAUUAUCACUCUAGACAAUAGAUUUAUAACCCCCAUCCCCCAUCUUUUUUCAUAAAGCAAUAAAAAAAAAGUAUCCUUGU